AUGUCCAUUGACCUCAACUGGGAAACGCUGACCAGCGGCCCAGACGGCGACGCACUCGCCGAACGCAUCAGGUCCUUCAUCCACGACAAAUUCCAAACUGUCCCGCUGCCGCGCUUCAUCAGAUCCGUCACCGUCCACGGCUUUGAUUUCGGCACAAUCUCACCUGAGCUGGAGCUCAAGGACAUAACAGACCCGCUGCCCGACUUUUACGACCAAGAAAUAGGCGAGGACGAAAGUGACGAUGACUUUGGAAGCGAUGAGGAAGCGGCAGCACAUCUCGCAGCCGAGCGCGCAAGACACGCCCUCGCAGGCGACAAGAGGCGCCCAGAGGGCAUCAGAACCGCACUGAGAAACGACAUUGGAGGACACGAUUUGGGAAGUCCAUUCCUGGGAACCUCUACGCCCGGUAUAUUAGGCGGGCCGGGGUUGAAUUACUUCCAAAGCCAUUUAGGCACAGGCACUCACACGCCGCUGGCUGCUGUGGCAGGCGCCCAUCUCGGAAACUCGUGGAUGGCGCCCGGGCCACUCGACUCAUCCGACUUCUCCCACGCAGCUAGCCACCACAGAAACCCCUCGCAAAGCAGCAUAUCCGUCGACAACUUCUCCGUAAACCUGGAGGGCACGUCACCGCCCCUAAGGGAGAAGUCGAGCGUGUCCACGCUUGCCCCCACAUCAGUGACUACAUCUCGCCCGCCCACGCGGGACACCCAUCUCGCCGACUCGGCUGUCGAGGAAGACGGGCCGCUGGACGCAAACGCCGUAGAUAAGAAUCUGGCCGCGCAGAGGAGAGAGCCGCGGGUGGAGGACGUGCAGGCCGUUUUUCGGAUACGCUACGCGGGGGACAUUCGGCUGAAUCUUACGGCGGAGAUAUUACUGGACUAUCCUAUGCCGAGUUUCGUGGGGAUUCCGCUCAAGUUGAAUAUCACGGGGUUGUCGUUUGACGGGGUGGGUGUGCUGGCAAAGAUUAGGAAGAGGGUUCAUUUCUGCUUCUUGAGCCCCGAGGAUGCGCUGGCGGCUGUGGGAUCGGUGGAGGAUGAUGCGGUGGGUGAAGAAGCGAGGAAGACGGGCAAGUUUGGCGGGCUGCUGCAGGAGAUUAAGGUUGAGAGCGAGAUUGGCGAACGGGACGGCGGGAAGCAGAGUCUCAAGAAUGUGGGCAAGGUGGAGAGGUUUGUGUUGGAACAGGUGAGGAGGAUAUUUGAGGAGGAGUUUGUGUAUCCUAGUUUCUGGACGUUUUUGGUGUAA